AUGAUAGAUUUUAAAACCAAAAACGUUUGCGAUAUAAACACAAUUAUGAAAAUUCGUUUUCUCUUCGGAUUCUACUGUGAUUUUCCAUUUAAUAAGCGUUUUCAAAACAUUUUAAAGUUCUACUGUAUCAGUGUUCUUGUAGUACUCAUACUGGGUAGUUGGGUUUGUAGCACAGGCUUCAGGUCUGAUAAGAAAAUCGUCAUAUACUGUGAAUAUAUUGCUUAUUUUUUAAUAUCCUUGAGCACUAAGGACCGGUACAUAUUCGACUAUUACAAACAGCAACCGCUAAUUGAUGGAAGUACCACAUCCAAAGUCCUCUAUAAAAAAUUAGAGAGACUGUUAAAAUAUUUUGUUACUAUCACUAUUGUUCUAAAGAUGUUGAAUAUAUUCGUUUUCUGUGGCUGGAAUCUAACAAAAUGCAUAAACGAGCUUGACGGCGUUUUGUUUAUUAAUCUGCUUUGGAUCGGUUUGCUUCUGGCAAGAUUAUCUUUACCUGUGAUUUAUGGAUUGCUCUAUUUUCGCCUGAGAGUUCUCAGGAUGACUUUGGAAUCGAAGGGCUUUUCCAACAGUCCCCAAAACAGAUUUACGCCGAAGAAAUACAUUACGAUUUAUGAAAAAAUCAUGGAAGAUUUGUUCAAAAUGGAUUAUCCGCUUAAAUAUGUGUUUAUCAUAUUCUUAAUUGGAUCUGUGCCCAAAUUGUUACAGAACUCUUGGCAGUUUUUGAAUUCAUUAAAAAAUUAUGGUCCAGAAAUAAGUAAAAUAUUGGAAUUUACCCUUGAAUGCCUACAUUCCUACAUAGUUAUAAUUUUACCUAUCGUUGUGGCUUUGGACCUUUCUGAAGACGAAAUUAAGAAGAUGAAAAUUAUCACUCUGAAUAAACGCCUAGCUUGUUUAAAUGAAAGACAGAAAAUGGAGAUACAGCAAUUAUUUUUACUUCUGAAGAAUAAUUCGUUGAGAUACAACCUAUGGCGCGUGGUCCCCGUGAACUUGAAAAGCGUUUUAAUAUUUUUAUCGUUUGGCGUCACAAACGCAAUAGCCAUAAUGCAAGCUAAGAAUCUGAACUAG